AUGAGCUCUCAGCCGGUGCAAGGCUUGCCGCUUCUUCCGGGCUCGACCUUUCGGGACCCGACGAAAACUACUUUUCAUCGUUCCCAGACCCUAGGUUACAAGAAUGGUUUUGCCUUUAAGAAACUUCCAACUGUGGGGAUAGGUGGAAACCGGCUUUAUGUAAACCAGCUAUCUCAAGCUGAACUUGAUGAACUAUCUAACAAGAGACCCACCUUAACUUAUGGUGAACCCAAACAAGCCCCACCUUCUGAUUUCAUCCCAGCACAUGUGGCUUUUGACAAAAAGGUGCUCAAGUUUGAUGGAUACUUUCAAGAAGAUGUUCCUAUAUCUACAGAAGAGCAUUUCCGCAUUCGUCAAGUGGGCAUUUAUUACUAUCUGGAAGAUGAUAGCAUGUCUGUCAUGGAGCCCAUUGUUGAAAACUCUGGGAUUCCUCAGGGCAAGUUCAUCAAAAGGCAGCGCUUGCCCAAAAAUGAUCGUGGGGACCAUUAUCAUUGGAAAGAUCUCAACCGAGGAAUUAACAUUACUAUCUAUGGCAAGACUUUCCGGAUAGUUGAUUGUGAUCGAUUCACCCAGACUUUUCUGGAAAGCCAAGGAAUUGAAUUGAACCCUCCAGAGCGAAUGAUUUUUGAUCCUUACACAGAACUACGUAAAAUGCCUCUGCGUAUGUAUGUCACCCCCUCAGAUUUUGACCAGCUUAAGCAGUUUUUGGCAUUUGACAAAAAGGUUCUUCGUUUUUAUGCCAUUUGGGAUGAUACUGGGAACAUGUUUGGUGAGAACCGGCGAUUUAUUAUCCACUACUACUUGGCAGAUGACACAGUGGAGGUGCGGGAAGUCCAUGAACGAAAUGAUGGCAGAGAUCCUUUCCCAGUGCUGAUAAGGCGCCAGCGCCUGCCCAAAACAUUUGUGGAGAAGAAAGAAAACUUCCCAACCUGUGUGCUGGAGAUUUCUGAUCAGGAGGUCUUAGAAUGGUUUACAGCUAAAGAUUUUGCUGUUGGCAAAUCCACUACUCUACUUGGACGCACUUUUUUCAUCUAUGACUGUGAUGAGUUCACUCGACAAUUUUAUCAGGAUAAAUUUGGCAUCGCUAACUUCCAGCCAGUUGAUAUAAAGAAGCCACCCCCAGAGGAAAUCAAACAGAUAAUUCCUCCCUACAAUGGUUAUGGCUUCCUUGAAGACUCUCUUCAAAAUUGUUUCAGUUUGAUUCCACAACCACCUAGGAAAAAUGUUAUUAAGAUGCUAGAGAAUGACCACAAAAUUUUGCGCUAUGCUGUUAGAAUGGAAUCCUCAAACCCUGAUGACACCAAGCGGCAUUUUGUCCUCUCCUACUGCCUUGCCACUGACAUGAUCAGCAUUUAUGAACCACCUGUGCGCAAUUCAGGAAUUAUUGGUGGCAAAUACCUAGGCAAAACCAGAGUCCCAAAGCCAGGAUCCUCUACAGAUGAUCCUGUUUAUUAUGAACCUGCCGACCUAACCAUAGGCUCUAUGGUAGAAGUGUUUGGCCAUAGGUUCAUUAUUGUGGAUGCAGAUAAUUAUGUGUUGAAUUAUAUGGAAAGCAAUUUGGAAAGCUUUCCAGCAUCUGUUGUGCAGUCUAUGAGAGCUCAUUUUGCACCUCGCCAGGCAGCAAUGGAGGCAGUAAGGGGGUUAGCUUCCAAUGAGCCUGACCCACAGGAGCUGGCUGCACUAUUAGAGCAGAUUCAGGAGCACAUGAGGCGACAUAAUUACUUGCCAGACAGCAGUAUGCAAGAAGCUUUCCUUCAGCAAGAUAAAGAUGGCUCAGGGCUUCUGAACAAAGCAGAAUUCUCUGCUCUCUGUGAUCAUUUUAAAAUACCAAUUGACGACCCGAUUUUCCAAAAGCUUAUUAACACAUGUUCUCAUGGGGAAAAUCAGAUAAGAUACCCUGCCUUCCUCAGAGCGUUCCAGUGUUGAUUGGCUCAAAACUGGCAGUUACCAGCUGUACCAGA